CAGGGCCAAGUCCGUGACUUAGAAACGAAACCUAGAAAAAGAAUCCCCAAUCGUGUUCGGCGGCGGCGCGGCUGACAGCGGGUGGCGCCGCGGCCGACCAUCACCUACGCCGGCCAGGCAGCGGGCGGCGCCGCGGCCGACCAUCACCUACGCCGGCCAGGCAGUGGGCGGCGCCGCGGCCGACCAUCAUCUGCACCAAGCGGGGAGAGUGCGGCGCCGUGGCCGUCCAUCAUCGGGUGGCGGGCAGCGCCCGGCGGCAGAGGGCGUCAUCUGCGGAGUACAGACGGCGGCGGACGGCGUCAUCUCCAGAGCGGGCUGCGUAGGGCGGCGUUAUCUCCGUUUCUAAGUGCUGCAGCCGAACAAAGCUUCUGUUUUGAAGCUACAGAUGGACAGAAGUUGGAUAAAAGCUAGGAAAUUUUCCGAAGAAUACAUCAAUGGAGUGAAAGAGUUCAUGAAUUUCGUUCGUGAAACCUAUGCCGAGGAUGCUCAAAUUCUUUGCCCGUGCCGCAAAUGUCUCAAUGGUAAACAAGAACCUCAAGGGAAAGUGGAGGAUCAUAUUCUUAUUUAUGGGAUGUCUAGCACAUAUGAUAGGUGGAUUCAUCAUGGAGAACCAUUAAAUGUUGAAGCUGAUGCAGAUGCACAUCAUGUGGAUGGAGCUACUGAUAUCGUGGUAGAUGUUGCUGAAAAGGAUGUUCGUUUGGAGGAGGAGGAUCUAUAUGAAGAUGAUAGAAUUCCUGACAUGAUACAGGAUCUGUAUGGAUCGGAGGACACGGGUAGACAACAGUCAAAGUUUGCAAAAGUGAUAGAAGAGGCAAAGUGCUCACUUUACGAAGGGUCUGAAACUUCAAGAUUUUCAUUUGUCGUGAAGUUACUCCACAUCAAGUCUUUCUAUCGGAUCUCCAAUGUUGCAUUUAAUGCAAUACUCGCGUUGUUGGCCAAGUCAUUCCCGAAGUGCUCGAUUCCCAAAUCUUAUGAGUUGGCUUGUGUGUGACAGUGUGACUGAUGUUGAUGACAAGUAGUGAAGUGUGUCAGGAUACACUUUAUAUUUCUUCUCUUUCUGAGGUUGAGAGUCGCAUGCCAUACUCUGCAUGAGAGGUGGCCAUGAAUAAUCUCAGCUGUACACCGCUCAUUUUCUCUAGAUCUACUAGUCUGGCUGGCUGGUGCUGGGAAAUGACGAGGGCAGGGCACCAUCUGGCACCACUUACUACAGCUUCAUCAACUUGAGAAUUCAGAAUCCAGAGUACUAGAAUUCAGAAGUCAGAGUUUCUUGUCAUAUGUAUAUAAUGGUUUGGUUACCUGAUUGCAUCUGGUUGUAACUACUAAACCUGAUUGAACUGUGCUAGUCAGCUUGUGUGUGUUGUUUAUCUACCUUUCAAAGCAUCAGCCCACUUUAUAUUUUUAAUAACUUGUAACUGCUAUGCUGCUCCCUAGGCCAUUAACUCGUCCAGCAAGCAAGGCAAGUAAACCAGGCAACAACCAAGCUGACUAGCACAGUUCCAGUUCCCAUGAGAUCUACUAUGACAAAGAUGACAAGGAGCAAGAAACUUGCAGCGCCAACUACUGAAUAUGAGAAGAUUAGGGCUAAAAAUAUGAUGAGGAACAACCGCAUAUUCCAAUCACUUGGCAUCGCUGCAUUAGGUAUGAUGGUUAGGAACUCAAAUCAAAUGCAGCAAGGUAGUGCCAUCACCGGUGGGGACUCAGCUUCUGCCAUAACACAACAAGGCUCAAGCUCUGAGUACAGUCCUGACGAUGAGGUCAUUGAGGAGGAUGAAGUUGAUGAUAUUGUAGUGGAGAAGGAAGAUAAGGUUUCUAAGAAGGCAAGGAAGUCGAUCAAUAAAAAGACUAAGAAGAGUUUUGAUAAACCUUCUGAGAUGGCUCCAGGAAAAACAAGGGUGGUUGCUCCAGCCUCAGGAGGCUCAAAGAGGGUGCUACCUAGUUUGAACUCGGAUGAACAUGAAUCUACUCGAGUCACUAGGCAGAAAACAAAGCUGUCUCUAACCAACCAUGAAGAAAGUCUUGUGCAAAUGGAUGUAGGAAGCCCAGCAAAUGUGGAUGAAGGAAGCCUCCAUGUGCACGUGGAUGUAAGAAGCUCGAUGCACGAAGAUGAAAGAAGCCUGAUGCAUGGGGGUGAAGUAAGCCUGAUGCAGAUGGGUGAAACAAGCCAUGUCCCAUCGACUCUGUGCACAAAUCAGCCAAUUGAAGUUCCUGAGUUCUCUGACCAACAGCUUGACCAACAGCGGCAAAUGGACAUUGAAGGCAAGUAA